AUGCGCCACCAUCUUGGACUAUUUUCUAUUGAAAGAGAAAAAGAAUCGAAUGAAACUUGUGUGCUUGUAUGUGAAUUCAAAUUCCGCAGUAUUGUUGCGUCGAAAGUUACCUGGACUGAGAUACUAGAUAGUAUUUAUACUAAAACGUUAACAUCGCAUUUUCCUGUAAACCUAACAAAAGUUGGUAAUAUGUAUAUUUAUGUGCGAAUUUUCUUUAUUGCAUCAUGUGUUUUAUUUCCACUAAUUAUUAUGGCUAGAACAAAAGUUUCAUCUACUAAAACACCAAAAGAACCACAGAAGGCAAGGAAAAGUAUUGGACAUUUACACAUCCAAAGACUUGGUACAAAGAAAAUUUCUCAAGGAAGUAUUGUAUCACCAUAUCUUAAGAAAAGGAGUAGAAAAAACAAGUAUGAUUCUAAAGUUCUUAGUGACAUCAGAAAGUUCCAAGACAGUACGAAACUAUUGGUACCACGCGCUCCAAUGAUACGUUGUAUUAGAGAAACUAUUCAAGGCAUCAGUAGAUCGGAUCUCAGAGUAACUGCAGGUGCGGUGGAAGCUAUUCGAGAAGCUGUUGAAGCAUAUCUUGUUGACAUGUUUGAGAUAUGCAAUUUAUUGGCUAUACACGCUAAACGUAAAACCGUUAUGCCUAAGGAUAUUACACUUUGGAAACAGAUAACUAAAAUGAUGACUACCUAA